GAUAAAAAAAAUUAAGAUUUAAUACAUUAAGUUUGUUCGUAUUUACCACUGAAGUACCGUUGACUGCAUAUGGUCAAACGCGUGGUUAUUGAUUUAGUCACAUAUUUAUUAAAAUCUUGACUUUAUUCUUAAUGGAUGAUUUUACAUAUAAACAGAUAAAGACACACUCUUCAGCAUUCAUUCAUUAACAACAACGGUGACCAUGAAGUUUGCUUUGGUCUUCUUAUAUCUUUUUGUUUUUUUUCAAGCUUAUGGUGCUAGACAGUUACAUGAUGGAUCCAUAAAAGAAAGUUUUCAUGUACGGCCACUGGCCGUAAUUCAAAUGGUAACCAGAUUAAAAGAACUCUGGUUACCACAAUCUCCUUCAUUGUCAUCGUUAUAUGACGAGACUACUUAUGGUCGAGUUACCCUACCACUACCACUACCACCACCUCCACCAAGAACGGCACCGCCAAAGAAUGAAGAAACUUACGGUCGAGUUAACCCAUCAUCACCACCACCGCCAAAUGCAGCACCGUCAAAGGGCCAAGAAACCUACGGCCGAGUUAACCCAUCAUCUCCACCACCGCCAAAUGCAGCACCGUCAAAGGGCCAAGAAAGUUAUGGUCGAGUUAAACAAUCAUCUCCACCACCAUCAAAGGGCCAAGAAACUUACACUCGAGUUAACCCAUCACCACCACCACCAAAUGCAGCACCAUCGAAGGGCCAAGAAACUUAUGGCCGAGUUAACCCAUCAUCUCCACCACCAUCACCAGAUGGAGCAUUGUCAGAGGGCCAAGAAACUUAUGAUCGAGUUAAGCUAUCAUCAUCACCACCAUUACCAAAUGGAGCACCUUCAAAGGGCCAAGAAACUAACCUCCGAGUUGUAUCACCACCACCGCCACCACCGGAAGGUGAACUCCCCAAGGGCCAAGAAACUUAUGGCCGAGUUAAACCAUCAUCUCCACCACCGCCAAAUGCAGCACCAUCAAAGGGCCAAGAAACUUACACACGAGUUAACCCGUCACCACCACCACCAAAUCUAGCACCGUCGAAGGGGCAAGAAACUUACGGCCGAGUUAACUCACCACCGCCACCACCCGAUGGAACACCGUCAAAGAUACAAUUUUUUUUUUACCGUGGAGAUAAACUGAACUCAAACAAUGAAGUAAAUGACGCAGCCAUAAAAGAACUAGAAGUGUCACCAACAGAAGAUAGUUCAACGGGACAGAGCAAAUACGGUCGAGAUGACCCUAGAGCCCCAUCGAGUCCGGACCCAAAUGAUUCACAGGUACCGGGCAUGUAUGAUCGAACUAAUCCGAGUGCACCCGCUCACCCGACACACCCUUUGCGAAGUGAUGGUUGAAGUGCAUGUACCGGAUUAUCUGCAUCAGCCAAAUAAAAAGUUUUAUUGUUGAUCAACAAGAUAAUUUGAUGAAAGUAGGUUUAAUCAUAAAAUAGAAUAAUGUGUGUUAGUUAUGUGAAAAUUGUAAUUAAUUGUAAUUCUAAUAUGAUAAGACUUCAUUGAGGGCAUCAC